AUGAUACAACCAUGCCUCAUUCGCGUACUAAAUCAUGGUCCACCGUAUUUGGAUGUUUCAAGCUCUGAGGAGGAUGAUUCCAUUAUCUCACACGCUGAUGUGGACGGGCACGAAUUCGAUUAUCGCAAAAUUCUCCCGGCUCUUGUGCCCGAAGGUUGGGCCAAUGACCCCAACGACCUUGAGCCAGUCAACCGUGCUCUGGCUACCGAUGACUAUAGUCUACCACCGUUUGUGCUACCGAUACUAGCUUCUAGAGAGGAUGGGCAGGCUGGUCGCUACUUGUUCUCGAUCUUCGGAAGGUUUUAUCUCUGGACUCCAGCCUCGAGUGAGUUUUUGUCGCAGGAUACGAAGAAGCUCAAAGAUAUCAAGGAGCUAGUUGAUGGCCAUGAGUACGGUCUACACUUUCUAUUCCGAUCCUUGUCAACGAUGGGCGAUAUGGCGGUACAAAGUAUCUCAUGA